UAAACUGCAUCCUCUUAUAGACCUUGACUGUUUGCUCCCACAUAUUUCAGUCAGUAAACACCUAGGAAGUUCAUUGAACGUGUUGGAAGUUUUACGAGUAAUUUAAAGUGACUUUACAGUGAUAAUACAGGAGAUAAAUAAAUUUUUCGUUUAACUAGAAUGUACAUUGAAUUGAAAACAUGAUUCUUAUUGUCCUAGUCGUUAUUUUGAUCUUGUACAUAGCAAAGAGGGUGUUUCCACCUAUUUACUACUGGAAGAAGAGGAAUGUUUUUUAUGUUAAUCCUUUAUCUAGGAUAUAUGAAGUGUUUUUUGGAAAAAAAUCUCUCGCUGAAAUAGUAAAAGAAGCCUAUGACCAAUUUCCGGACAGAAGGUACUACGGAAGCUACCAAUUCCUAAAACCCUCACUCUUCAUCCGAGACGUGGACAUCAUCAAACAGAUAACCAUCAAGGAUUUCGAUCACUUCACCGACCACGUGGACAUACUGAACAGUAGCAAUGAUCCAAUAUUCAGCAAGAAUCUGUUCUCCUUGAAAGGCAGGGAGUGGAGAGAAGUGAGAAGCACCCUCAGUCCAGCCUUCACCAGCUCAAAAAUGAAAGCCAUGUUCGUUCUGAUAUCGGAGGCUUCGAAGAAGUUCGUUGAACAUUUUGAGGCCUUGGACAAGGAUCUUGUGGAGGUUGAGAUGAAGGAAACCUAUUCCAAGUUCACCAAUGACGUGAUAGCUACCUGCGCUUUUGGUAUCAGUUGCGAUACGCUGGAGAAUCCAGACAAUGAGUUUUUUGCCAUGGGGAAGGCUGUGACCAGAUCUUCUCUGCUCAGGAUGAUGAGGGCAAUGUUGAUGAUGUUCUUCCCAAAGGUUUUCGAGGUCCUCAAGAUAAAAGCCUUCUCAAACGACAUAACGGACUUCUUCAAGAGAAUCAUCACCGACACCAUUUCGACUAGAGAAAAAGAAGGAACGAUAAGACCAGACCUAAUUCAUCUCCUUAUGGAAGCCAGGAAGGGAAAACUACAAGAGAAUCCUUCCUCAACAACGGAGGACACUGGUUUCGCGACUGCGCAGGAAUCGAAGGACACGAAGAUCAAGUCCACCCUUGAAAUAACAGAUGAUCUCAUUACUGCUCAAGCUCUAAUCUUCUUUUUAGCUGGGCUGGAAACAUCUUCCUCUCUACUGAGCUUCCUCUCUUACGAACUAGCAAAAAAUCCGGAUAUACAGCGAAAACUGACCAAGGAAGUGGACGAUAACAUGUCCACCACAGACUCUUUCGUCUCCUACGAGAAACUAUCCAAGAUGAAAUAUUUGGAUCAAGUGGUUUCUGAAGGUUUGAGAAAAUGGACUCCUGGAUUCGCACUGAACAGGGUUUGCACCAAGGACUACACUAUACCACCUAAACAUGAAGACGAACCCCCACUGACACUAACCAAAGGUUGCUUCGUCAUGAUACCAGUGGUUGGAAUCCAUUACGACCCUAAAUAUUUCGAAAACCCCGACGUUUUCGACCCUGACAGAUUCAGCGAUGAAAAUAAGAAGAACAUAGUGCCCGGAUCGUAUAUUCCUUUUGGUAUCGGACCUAGAAAUUGCAUUGGUUCUCGGUUCGCCUUACUAGAAAUAAAAGCUGUGAUGGUCCAACUUUUGGAUAAGUUCGAAUUUACAUUCAUCGAAAGAACUGCUGUUCCUUUGAAACUCAAGAAGACAUUCGGUUUGAUGGUGGAGGGUGGUACCUGGUUGGGGUUGAAAAGGAGGUCGAAAAAUAAGUAGAUAUGGUGGGAGCUUAUGUUCUUAUAAGUAUACUUUAAUGGAAGAAUA